AUGAUGUGGUCUAACUUCUUCAUGCAAGAGGAGGACCGUCGUAGGGCAGCUGUGGGCCGGCGUCGUGCCCAGGGACAGCAGAAUCUCGGCCUGACUCCGGAGCAUGAGGGCAAGAUCAAGCUGGUGCUUUUGCUGGCCGCCGUGGGUGCCACGCUGGCUGUGCUGGCUGUGGGCACCGAGUUCUGGGUGGAGCUCAAUACAUACAAGACCAACGGCAGCGCCGUCUGUGAGGCUGCCCAUUUGGGGCUGUGGAAGGUGUGCAUCAAGAGACUGUGGCAGGCGGACGUGCCCCCGGGCAGGGAGACCUGUGGCCCAGCUGAGCUGCCAGGAGAAUCAAACUGCACCUACUUCAAAUUCUUCACCACUGGGGAGAAUGCACACAUCUUCCAGCGAACCACCAAGAAAGACGUAAACUUGGCAGCUGCUGUGAUAGCUGUGCUGGGACUGACAGCCAUGGCCUUGGGCUGCCUCUGUGUCAUCAUGGUGCUCAGUAAAGGAGCAGAGUUCCUGCUCCGCUUGGGAGCUAUCUGCUUUGGCCUCUCAGGCCUGCUGCUCUUUGUCAGCCUGGAAGUGUUCCGGCAUUCCGUUAGAGCCCUGCUCCACGGUGGCAUCAGCCCUGAGACCCCUCCAGCUCCACGCCUGGCCUAUGAGUAUUCCUGGUCCCUGGGCUGUGGUGUGGGCGCUGGUCUAAUCCUGCUGCUGGGGGGAGUCUGUUUCCUGUUGCUCACCCUGCCUUCCCCGCCCUGGGGGUCACUGUGCCCCAAGCGGGGUGGCCCAACUGCCUAGAGCCCCAGACUGCUUUCGGCAGGCAUCUGCGAAGCCUGCCUCAGUUUCCAACUUUUCACCUAUCUUCUAGAGAAACUGUUCUUCCCACUUUGGGGGUCCAUUUCACAAAA